AUGGAGUAUCAUACUUUCUUCCUCUUACUGUGUUGUCUUUUCCCAUUCAUCUACGCCUUCACCAUUUGCAAUUCCAGUAGACGCAACUUACGGUUACCGCCGGGACCUAAAGGUUUCCCCAUCAUCGGAAACCUCCUUGAAAUCGGUGCCAACCCCCACCACUCACUUGCCAUACUAUCUAAAUGUUAUGGUCCUAUAAUGUCACUUAAGCUCGGAAGCAGGACAACAAUCGUCAUUUCUUCACCCGAUAUCACCAAAGAAUUCUUUCACACUCAUGAUACAUCCUUCUUAAACAGAUCAGUUCCUAUCGCUCUCCGAGCAGGGGACUUUGAUAAAUAUUCCAUGAUGUGGAUGCCUGCAGGAGAUCAAUGGCGGAAAAUGAGAAGAAUAACGAAAGAAUACUUGUUCUCAGUUCUACAGCUAGAUGCUAGGGAAUUCCUACAACGGAAGAAGGUACAAGAACUUCUCAAUCAUGUGGAUGGAUGUUGUAAAGACGAAAAGGCUUUGAACAUAGGUGGAGCUGUGUUUACUACAGCUCUUAACAUUCUCUCCAACUUCAUGUUUUCUAUUGAUCUCGCUCAAUUUGGUCUUGAGUCAGUGCAAGAAUUCAAGGACGCAGUAUGCGCUUUGCUGGAAGCUGGCGGAAAGCCGAGUCUACCAGACCUUUUCCCCAUACUUAACUCAUUCAAUCUAUUAGGGUUCCUACAAAAGGAAAAUGUUAAUGCUACGAAGUUACUGAGCAUUUUUGAUAAGAUUAUCAAUGAGAGGUUGCAAACUAGAUCGACUCUAUAUUCAUAUGAUGGCGUUUCAACGAAGAACAGUGAUGUUUUAGACUUGCUGCUCAACUUGAACCUAAAAGAUGAAUCCAGAUUUACUCAAAAUGAUAUGAGAAUUUUAUUUCUAACAUUAUUUAUUGCGGGAACUGACACGACAUCGAGCACGGUGGAAUGGGCGAUGUCCGAACUCAUUCUUAACCCACAGACAAUGAAAACGGCUAGGUCAGAAAUUAUUAAACUCAUGCAAAACAAAAAUGAAAGCAUACAAGAAUAUGAUAUCUCUCAACUCCCUUACCUACAAGCUGUGAUAAAGGAGACUCUCAGACUACAUCCUCCCGCCCCUUUUCUUAUCCCUCGCGAAGCCAUACAUGAUGUUGAUGUUCAUGGGUUCAUGGUGCCUAAAAAUGCACAAAUCUUGUGUAACGUUUGGGCUAUGGGUCGAGACCCAAACGUAUGGUCAGACCCAGACAUGUUCAUCCCCGAGAGGUUUUUGGACACGAAGAUCGACUAUAGAGGCCAAGAUUUCGAGCUUAUUCCAUUUGGUGCUGGGAGGAGGAUUUGUCCAGGAUUGAAUCUUGCCAAUAGAACAUUACCUAUCAUAUUGGGAUCUUUGAUUCAUAAGUUUGAUUGGAAGGUUGUGGGUCGACCAAAAGAUAUCGAUAUGGAGGAAACGUUUGCGAUCACAUUGCAAAAAGCUAUACCACUCAUGGCUUUCCCUAUCAAAAUAUGA